AUGAAAGAAGAAAUAGAUGAAAUUAUAAUAUAUAACUACAAGAAAAAGAAAAUAUUGGAAGGAAAAGCUCACUUCUCUAAUGAUCAGUACUUGCUAGGAGAUUUGGUCUAUACACCAUUAAUAGAAAUAGUUUCUGGGUACAAAAAGCCCCCCAAUGGUACACUCUCAGCCAACAAUGUACUUUUUAAUCAACUGCAUGCCAACUUAUAUGUCCAAACCGAGCAUUGCAUUGGUAUUCUCAAGUCAAGAUUUGAAUUGCUGAAAGGUCUCCAUACAAGUGUCUAUGACAAAUACAACAUUGAGAAAAUUGAAUACUGGAUAAGAUGCUGUUGUGUUUUACACAACUUGUUGUUGGACUGUGGUGAUGACACCUUUGUAGAAGACAGUGUCAGAAACACUGCUACAUCUAGAAACAAUGAAAGAUUAGAGUCAAGAACAUCAUCAGAGUUAGGCAAAAACAAAAGAGAAAGAAUAAAGCAAAUAAUUAUUCAAUAA